AUGACUCUAUGUACCCUAACAUUAUAUUCCAGGCCUUUUGGUGUCCACACACCCGAUCGCAGUGCUUCCCCUGCGUUGAAUAAUAAACGCCUCCCCAGAUACCACAAUGUUUCUCCUUGGUUGCGCUGGGCGGUCAGCCCCGUUGACGCCCUGAAGCUUCUAACACUCCCUCUUGUGCUCUAUGCCAAUUGGGAACUUCUCGCGCCCUAUCUUUCCCCAGGUUUCAAAAACCCCUUUGCUCCCUUUUUCCAGAUAUCUGGUCACGUCGAUACCUCCGAUCCAGGCGAUCACCGCUACGCGAAAUCUUAUUAUGAUAUACUCUUCCUGGCCUACCACAUUAUCUUCUUUUCUGGUGUCCGGCAGUUCAUAACCAUCAACGUGUCUAGACCUAUUGCCAAAUACUUUGGUCUGAAACGUGAAGCUAAGAUUGACAGAUUUGGCGAACAGGCAUACGCAAUGGUUUAUUUCGCGGUUUUUGGAACUUGGGGUUAUUCAGUAAUGACACACCUACCAACCUAUUGGUAUCGCACGGAGUAUUUUUGGAUUGACUAUCCACAUUGGAAUUUAAACCUGAACUUGAAGCGUUACUAUCUCAUGCAAUUCUCUUACUGGUGCCAGCAGCUCUUGGUUUUGUUGCUUGGACUGGAGAAGCCACGUAAGGACUAUUCGGAACUUGUCGCCCACCACUUUGUCACCUUGUGGUUGGUUGGAUGGAGCUAUCUUUUCAACAUGACAUACAUUGGAAAUGCGGUGUAUAUGAGCAUGGAUAUCCCAGAUACAUUUUUAGCGUUUUCCAAACUUUUGAAUUACAUCCAAUGGGAGCGGGCCAAAGUCAUUUCAUUUGUCAUUUUCGUUGGAAUUUGGACAUACUUCCGCCAUUAUUUAAACAUUAUAAUGCUCUGGUCCGCACUAUUCGAGACACAUCUCGUCCCGUAUGCAGAUCAACCCCUCUCCGACUCAGAUUAUUGUGUUUAUAUGGUAUCUUGGAUGCCAGCAAUCAUCUUCAUAUCAAUUUUUGUCUUACAAAUUCUCAAUCUCUUCUGGUAUUAUCUGAUAAUGAAGAUAUUGGUCAGGGCAAUUGUUAUCAGCGAAGUAGAUGAUGAUCGGUCUGAUGAUGAGGAUGAGGAGGGGGCUGAGGCCAAGAAGGAAGACUAA